AUGGCGCCAGCGGAGGAGAUGGCGGGGUUGCACAGGCAACAGAGGAGGACUGCUGGCUGUUGGCUGCGAGCAGAGGAGACCAAGGCGAGGUCGCGGCUGCGGAGCGAAGGGGAUGGCUGGCGGCGGCUUCGAGUUGGCAGACAAGGGGCUGGCGGCGGCGACAUCUCUGCCUCUCUGGUUCGUCGUCGUCGCGGCUGCUAG